UCGGUGAGUGGGUAACUUUGUCAUCGGUGACUCACUCACUCACCAAAUUCCGUAUUCUUGACACUAAUUGAAAACCGCUCGAGUUUGUCAACUUGGCACCACUGUAUUCUCACUUUUUUCUCAUGUCACUUGUUUGAAUCUGUCAAAUUGUGAUUCAUUGCGCUUGCGUUUGUAAUUUUUGCGAUUUAUUCAAAUUUAAAAUUAAAAUAUGUCUCGCGCUUCAGAAGAGCAAAAGCUGAUACUUGUUCAGUUUUUAAAAAAAAAUAAAAACGUCGUGGCAGGGAAAACGUCACCUAAUUUUACCAACAAAAAUAUACACGAGAAGUGGAAGACGGUUGCAGCAUCUUUGAAUAGCACUGGAAGGCCUUACAAAGAUUGGAAAAAUUGGCGAAAAACUUGGCAAGAUUUAUAUUCUCGCGUAAAGGCGAAAGCUGCCAGAAUCAACCGGUCAACAAACCAAACAGGUGGCGGUCCCCCCAGUGAUGAAAAAUUGACCACAUUCGAGCAGGAUAUUGUGGACACUUUUAUCAAGCCGGUAGUGGUAGAAGGAGAUUCAUUAAUUAAAGAAAGUGUCUGCAAUUUCCAUGCGAAUGAUACAACCACAUCCAUGAUCUCCAAUUCCAGUGGUGCAAUUGUUCAUCCCAUAAUAUUGAACCCUGUUGACGAAGUGAUUUUUUUCUUAUACAGUGUAGCACUGCUUCAAGACCAGAUCGACAAAAGAUUUUUUGGACUAGUCACUUCCUUCCUGAGAAAAUACCCUUUCGUCGGUCUGUAG